CGCGUCUCUCUCUGCUUUCCUACUCAUACCACUCCGACCAGCAUCGCCUACCCUGAUGGCCACAGAUCCUGUUUUCAAGAUCAUUCCGGCGACGCAAAAGUAUGAUUGGGGAAAGGUCGGGCUGAGCUCAAAGGUUGCUCAGUUUGCGGCAGCGUCCAAGAUACCCGGCUUCACACUGGACGAAUCCGCGCCGUACGCAGAGCUAUGGAUGGGAACACACCCUAGCGGCCCCUCGCGCGUACUCGGCACGGACGAGCCUCUUUCAAAGCACCUUGCGGCGAACCCCCAGCUGAUGGGACAGAAGGUCCUCCAGAACUUCGAAGAUGCCAAGGAGGGGAAUAUACCCUUCCUAUUCAAAGUACUCGCGAUAGAGAAGGCGUUGAGUAUACAGACCCAUCCGGAUAAGGAGACUGCUAAAGUGCUGCACAAGGAGCACCCGGACAUCUACAAAGAUGCAAACCAUAAGCCCGAGAUGGCGCUGGCCAUCACGCCCUUCACCGCCAUGUGCGGAUUCCUCCCGCUUCCCAAGCUUGCCUCCUACAUCCGUUCCGUCCCUGAAUUUGCCGCCCUUAUCCCUACCACAAUAUCUGCGGCCUUCCUGUCCCUCACUUCGGAGGAUCCCUCGAACCCCAAAGUGAAGACCGCACUUAAGGACAUGUUCUCCGCUGUCAUGACUGCGGAGCCGGGCCUCUUCCAAUCACAGCUGCGGGCACUCGUUGAACGGUAUAAAAACGGUAACGUGCGGGAGGAGGAGAGCGAUGUCAAGGAUCUGGUCCUCAGGCUGGAAAGCCAGUUCCCUGGGGAUAUUGGGGUGUUCUGCGCGUAUAUGCUCAACUAUGUGAAGUUGCAGCCUGGCGAGGCGAUAUUCCUUGCGGCGGGCGAACCACAUGCAUACGUGAGCGGAGACAUCAUGGAGUGCAUGGCCACGUCGGACAACGUCAUCCGCGCGGGGCUCACCCCGAAACUGCGCGACAUACCCAACCUCGUCUCUGGGCUUACCUACAACGCGUCCGACCCAUCGAAGCAUUACGUCCGCCCCGCGCCGUUCCCGCGCGCGGACACGUUCGGCGUCGCCAUCGACCUGUACGACCCGCCCGUGCCCGAGUUCUCCGUGCUGCAGAUUAAGGUACCCGCCGCGGGCUCUGGAGGGGCGGGGAUGAGCAGUGAGGACGGCGUCCCCGCGCGCAAGGAGCGCGUGCCGGCCAUCGAUGGGCCGAGUAUCGCGAUUGUGACGGAGGGCGGCGGGGUGAUGGAGUGGGGAGGGAAGGAGGGGGCCCAGGUGGGCACGGGGGAGGUGGUGUUUGUGGGGGCGGGGACGGAGGUUACGGUGGAAGCGCAGGGAGGGGAGGGGAUGGUUAUAUACUGGGCUUUCGUGGAGGCUUGA